AUGGAGAGCGGUGGCAGGGGGAACGCGUGCGACUACAGCCACAACGUCACCUUCUUCUACGAGUACGUAGGUAAGGACAUCGGCAGAGACUGGCGUGUCAGGGACUGUGUGGUAGUGGUCCUGGGCCUGACCAUCUGCCUCAUCAUGAUCCUGUCCAACAUAAUGGUGAUGGCGGCCAUCUUGAUCAACCGACGCUUCCACUUCCCCAUCUACUUCCUGCUAGCCAACAUGGCCGCCGCGGACCUGUUCGCCGGCUUGGCCUACACCAACCUCGUGCUCAACACAGGGCCCUGGACCAUCAGGCUGUCCAAGCAGCAAUGGUUCAUUAGGAAUGCUCUGGUGGACAUGAGCCUGACGGCAUCUGUGGCCAACCUGCUGGCUGUGGCGGUGGAGCGUCACCAGACCAUAAUUACCAUGCAGCUGCACAGCAAGAUGACCAACCGGCGUGUGGUGCUGCUGAUUCUGUGUAUCUGGGCAGUGGCUAUCAUCAUGGGCCUGGUGCCCUCCAUGGGGUGGAACUGUGAGUGCCAGCUUAGCGACUGCUCAAUCAUCGCCCCGCUCUACAGCCGCAGGUAUAUGAUCUUCUGGGCAUCUCUCAACCUGCUCACCUUUUCUGUCAUGGUGGCUGUGUACGCACGCAUCUAUGUCUACGUGAGACGUAAGGGUAAACGGAUGUCUCAGCACACCUCCCACCAUCUGAGGCACAACGAGACUGUCGUCAACCUCAUGAAGACUAUCUCUAUUAUACUGGGUGUGUUUGUCUUCUGUUGGACACCGGGCCUGAUGACUCUGUUGCUGGAUGGGAUCAUGGGUAAAGACAGCCAUGCCUUGACCUAUGAGAAGUACUGUCUGAUCCUGGCUGAGUGUAACUCCCUGGUUAACCCAAUUAUCUACUCCUUCCGGGACGAGGAGAUGAGGAGGACCUUUAAGUGUAUCCUGUGCUGCCUGUGUAGGAGGAGCUCUGACCACCAGGGAGAGCAGUCACCCAUUGAGUUCAACACACUGCACCCAGAGGUAGAUAAUGGUUGUGAAGUAAAAUCAGACGAUAAAGCCAACUUUACUGCCCAGCUGAUAAAGACAGAGUGGGGACAAGCCUCUUCACCCUGACAGCUGGAUUAAAUCAGGAGUCAUAUAAACACCAUGGACAUAAGAUCUACAGCCGCUCAUGAACUCGCUGAAGCGGUACAGAUUGCACAAUAGAAAUGUAAAGGUAAUUUCCGAUUUACAUAGUAAACGCUGCAUGUGAAUGCAGUCUCUGCUAAUGUGGGGACAUUGCCUUUAAAUUACUGUUACGCUGAACUUCCACGAUACAGAUUGAAUAAAGUCCUUAGUGGGGUUGAAACAGGACAAUGGACAAGCACUGGGACAAUAUGGUUAUUUAUAACACCAUACAUACUUUCAUGAGUAACAAACAGGGUCGCAUAAAUUUGGGCACACUGUAGUGUUGUCACGAUACCAGCAUUUUGACAUCGAUACCAGGUUUACUAUCACGAUACUGAAACAAUACCGUUGCAAGAAAAGUGACAGAAUAACCACUGGCCUUUUAUUUUUUAAAACAUUGAACAAUAUGUUGAUAACUUGUACAACAUCUAAAAUAAUAUAUUCUAUAUUCAAUUUCUUUCAAAAAAUAAAACACCAUAUUAAUAACCACCUAGAGUUGGGGGUUAAAUGUGUGUGUGUGUAUAUCUAUGUGAGAUUUCUUAUAUCUCCUAGAUAUGACACACUUCA